AUGUUCCCUGCCAGCCUGGGGCUUGCGCUGUCCUUUGCCGCUGUACUCCUAGGCUUGGUAUAUUCGUUCCGCAACCCCCAGGCAUAUCCUCUAGUCAAUGGAAAACGCCGAUUUGAGUUCCGGGCAGUCCACGCACAAGGACGGUUUCUGUCUAAUGCUCGCGGUCUGAUUCAACGGGGCCUCGCUCAGUGGCCUGUCUUCAGAAUACUAACCGACAACGGAUACAAGCUCGUGCUGAGUCCAAAAUAUGCGAAUGAAAUCCGGUCUCGCGAAGACCUGAACUUUGUCAAGGCUGCUGUGGACAGGUUCCAUGCUGAGAUACCUGGGUUCGAGGUAUUUAAGCAGGCUACGAGGGCCGAUGAUAUUCUGCAGGAUGCGAUCAGGACGAAGAUGACGCAAAGCCUUGGCAACGUCACGAAACCUCUAUCACAAGAAAUGGCCGCUGCCCUGCAGACCAACUGGACUGAUUCGCCUGAAUGGCACACCAUCACGUUAAAACCGACAAUCCUCAAUAUCAUCGCCCAGAUCUCAUCCCGAGUCUUCCUCGGUGGCUACCUCUGCCGGAACCCAGACUGGCUCCGGAUAACAGUUGACUACACAGUUGACUCCUUCACAGCUGCAGAUGCACUGCGCUUGUGGCCGGCACUAUUAAGGCCUAUAGUUGCUCCUUUCAUCCCAUCCUGCCGUAAGAUCCGGGCUCAGAUCCAAGAAGCCCGAGAUAUCAUCCUCCCCGUGCUAGAGCAGCGGAAGAAAGAUAAACAAGCUGCCAUUGACCGGGGAGAUAUUCCAGAAGAGUAUAAUGAUGCUAUGGAAUGGAUGGAGCGGAGCGCCAAGGGGCGGCCUUACGAUGCUGCGAUUGCACAACUGACGUUCUCCGUAGCGGCGAUUCAUACCACGUCUGACAUGCUUGUGCAGGUACUGUAUGAUAUCUGUGCAUAUGACGGGCUGACUGAGGAGUUGCGAGCGGAGGUCACCGCCGUGCUGAAGCCGGAUGGCUGUACGAAGACUGCGCUGCAUAAAUUGAAGUUAAUGGAUAGUGUGAUGAAGGAAAGUCAGAGACUCAAGCCAAGUCAGAUUAGUAUGAUCAAGCUCGCAGAUGGCACAGUAAUUCCUAAGAACACCCUACUCUACGUCUCGUCUGAACGGAUGUGGGAUGAGAGCAUCUACCCAGACCCUGAUAAAUUCGACCCGUACCGGUUUCUCCGGCUGCGAAAUACCCCUGGGCAUGAGGCUUCUGCGCAGCUUAUAACACCAACACCGGAGCAUCUGGGGUUCGGUCUAGGGAAGCAUGCCUGUCCAGGGCGGUUCUUUGCUGCUAAUGAGAUGAAGGUCGCACUUUGCUAUAUUUUGCUGAAGUAUGAUAUUAAGAUGGCGGCGGGGUGGGAGAGUCCACCGCCAACUAGGAGAGAGGUGGUCCUCCUGGCAGACCCAAGGGGUGAAAUGGUUAUUCGAAGGAGAGAAGCUGGUAUUGAGGUGGAUGCAUAGACUGAUGAUUGGAUAAAAGGUCCAUCUACAAUUCGAAGGAAGCAUAUGGGCUGCCUAAGCACGCCAUUACCAUCAGGUACUACAAGG